AAUGCAAUUGCACUUUCCCCUCAGUCGCUCUCUCAUUUGCGCUGCCAAAGGUCGUCAUCAUCAUCGUCUUCUCCAUUUCCAGCGCGUCUCUCUCUCCUCCGUCAGGCCUUCCCUCUUCCCCGCGACCACACGCCGUUGCCGCCUCCUCCGAACCCUCGCUCCGUUCGCACCCCGAUCCAUGGCCGCCGCCGCCGACAACCCGUCGGUGAUCUCUGCCGACGACGAAGCGAAGUUCGGCUUCCAGCGGGCGGAGAUGUACAAGGGCACCCUCGCCAACACCGUCGACCCCCCUUACGACCGCCACGUCUUCCUUUGCUACAAGGGCCCCGAGUCUUGGACCCCGAAGGUCGAGGACGCCGACACGGAGAUGCUUCCCAAGCUGCUCGGGGUUGCUCUCAAGGCCCGCAAGAAUGACAUCCCCGUCAAGACGAGGCUGACCAUAUGUGGAGGAUGCAGUGGGAUCGAGUGCUCGGAUGGGGAUGUGUUGAUUUUCCCUGACAUGAUCAAAUACAAGGGUCUGACUGAAUCAGGUGUGGACAGCUUUGUUGAGGAUGUGCUGGUGAAUGGAAAGCCUUGGGCUUCUGGAGUGCCAGAGGCAUUUACUGGUUCCCAUGUAUUUGUCUGUGCUCAUGGUAGUCGAGAUCGGAGGUGCGGUGUUUGUGGGCCCCCUCUUAUAGAGAAACUGAACGAGGAGAUUGAGUUGCGUGGACUGAAGGAUCAGGUAUUUGUUAGCCCAUGCUCUCACAUAGGUGGCCACAAAUAUGCUGGGAAUUUGAUAGUCUUCUCUCCAGAUUCAGCAGGAACAAUCACGGGUCAUUGGUAUGGCUAUGUAACGCCUGAUGAUGUGCCUGAAGUUCUUGAGCAGCAUAUUGGGCAAGGAAAAGUGAUAGAGAGGCUUUGGAGGGGCCAAAUGGGAGCAUCUGCUGGUGAAGGUCAAAAGGCUGAUAAACAGAAACUUCCAAAUGGAACAGAUCACAAGAAAAGCAGAAAGCAUGAAGAAAGCAUUGUGCAGGAGCAAAAGGAAGCUGUCUCUGGAUGUUGCCAGGGAGUCAAUGGCUUUUCUUGUUGCAGAGAUGGAAGCUUGGAUCAGAGUAGCGCAAGUGAGGAAAAGAAGCAGAAGGGGAGUUGUCCCGGCUGGGUGGGAAAGUGGGAACAAAGUGAGGUUCUCACCGCUGCCGCUAUCGUAGGAGCUGUGGCAACUAUCGCAGUGGCCUACAGCUUUUAUAGGAGGUCUAGCUAAGUAUAAUAGAUUCACGUAAGUCAUUAGUAAUCAUUGAUGGAUUGGUUCCCUGCCUUCUCUCUUUUUGAUAGCAUCAUCAAAUAAGUACUUGGAACUAUGUGGUUUGGGAGGAAAUAUAUGUGUAAGCCCCCCCAAUUCCUGCGGGUUCUGCUUGUUUACGCAGAAUCAAGCAGAAGAUGCACGUUUGUGGUUCCUGAUAUUGAAGCACAGGUUAAUACUGUUCUUGAUCUCAUUUUUUUGUUUCUCUGACAUUGAAUCGAGCUGCUUAGUGGUGCACACCCUAUGGAAUGCUUCCCGUUUUUUGUGA